GUGACGUCACAGGCGCGCGUGACGUCACGAGAGGGGGUGGGGAGUGAAGCGAGAGUCAUGGCGGCCUCCACCGGCGUGCUGCCGUUCGUGCGCGGCGUGGACUUGAGCGGAAAUUCCUUCAAGGGUGGCUACUUUCCUGAGAGUGUGGAGGACAUGAGCAGUCUUCGGUGGCUGAAGCUCAACCACACGGGACUGUGUUACCUGCCGGAAGAGCUGGGAAAACUGGAGAAGCUGGAGUACUUGUCUGUGAGCCACAACAGCAUCAACACCCUCCAUGGAGAGAUUUCACACCUGCCUUGUCUCCGGGCCAUUGUUGCUCGCGCUAACAACCUGAAGAACAGCGGCGUUCCCAAUGACAUCUUUCAGCUGGAGGACCUUUCUGUCCUGGACCUGAGCCACAACCAGCUGACGGAGAUCCCGCGGGAGCUGGAUAAAGCGCACAACAUGCUCGUCCUCAAUCUAAGCCACAACAGUAUUGGGCCGUCGCUGCACAGCCAGCUGUUCAUCAACAUCACGGACCUCCUGUACCUGGACCUGAGCAACAACCGCCUGCAGAGUCUUCCCCCACAGAUGCGGCGCCUCGUGCACCUGCAGACCCUCAUCCUCAACAACAAUCCGCUGCAGCACGCCCAGCUCCGGCAAUUGCCUGUCAUGACGAAACUGCAGACUCUGCACUUGCGGAACACACAGCGGUCUCCGAACAACAUGCCCGCGUCGCUGGAUGCACUAAGCCACCUGACAGAUGUGGACCUGUCGUGUAACGACAUGCCCAGCAUCCCCGAGUGUCUUUACGCCCUGUCGACUCUCCGGCGUCUAAAUCUGAGCGACAACCAAAUCUCCGAGAUGUCUCUCUGCAUGGACCACUGGACCAACAUGGAGACUCUCAACCUAUCUCGGAAUAAACUCGUUAUGUUGCCUAUGGCUGUGUGCAAGUUAUCCAAACUCAGAAAACUCUUCAUCAACUCCAACAGUCUUAACUUUGAGGGCAUCCCAUCCGGGAUUGGCAAACUGCAAAACCUGGAGCAAUUUAGUGCCGCCAAUAACAGCCUGGAGCUUAUCCCAGAAGGCCUCUGCAGGUGCAGAAAACUGAAGAAACUUAUUUUGAAUAAGAACUGCCUCGUGACGUUGCCUGAAACGGUCCACUUCUUACAUCUGCUUGAGGUUCUGGAUGUGAGGGACAACCCUAAGCUGGUGAUGCCUCCUAAGCCAAUGGAUCGUUCGGCCGAGUGGUACAACAUUGACUUCUCGCUGCAGAACCAGCUCCGUCAGGCCGGGGCAUCUGCCGCUGCGGUGGCUGCUGCUGCUGCUGUGCCCGGAGGGGGCAGCACCAAGGAUGUGAUAGCACGCAAGAUGCGCCUCCGGAGGCCCCUGGACUCGACGGAGGAGGACCAGGCCAAGCAGGUGCUGCAGGGCAUGACGGACGUGGCGCAGGAAAAGAGUCGCCGCAUGGACCAAGAGAUGGGCGAGCUGGGCUGCUCGGACCUGAAGGCGCGGCGAUGGGACGAGGGGCUGGAGAAGCCGCAGAUCGACUACUCCAACCUCUUCAUCGAGGGCGUGGGCGGCCGUCCCGGCGUGGAAAUGUGGCAGAUCGACAACUUCUAUCCGACGCCCGUGGACGACAACAUGCACGGGAAGUUCUACGAGGCCGACUGCUACAUUGUGCUCAAGACGUUCUCGUCGCGCGAGGUGUCGGACCAGGCGUGGCAGAUCUUCUACUGGAUCGGCAGCGAGUGCACGCUCGACAAGAAAGCUUGCGCCGCCAUCCACGCCGUCAACCUGCGCAACUUCCUCGGCGCCAAGUGCCGCACGCUGCGCGAGGAGAUGGGCGACGAGAGCCCCGAAUUCUGCGCCGUGUUUAACAACAAGCUGGCUUACAUCGAAGGGGGCAGCCCCAGCGGUUUCUUCACGGUGGAAGAGACCGUCUAUGUGACCCGCAUGUACCGCUGUUACGGCAAGAAGAACAUCAAGCUGGAGCCGGUUCCUGUGGCGGGAAGCUGCCUAGACCCAAGGUUUGUGUUUAUGCUGGAUAAAGGACUCACGAUUUACAUCUGGAAGGGACUGUAUGCGAAACUUGGAGCCAAAACCAAGGCCAGGCUUUUUGCAGAGAAGAUCAACAAGAACGAGCGCAAGGGACACGCGGCGAUCGAAGUUCUGGUGCAGAACCAAGAACCGGCUGAGUUUUGGGACAUCCUGGGAGGGCAGCCCGAAGAGAUCAAGUGUCAUGUGCCCAAGGACUUCUGCCCUCCGCGGCCAAAACUUUACAAGGUGGGGCUAGGACUUGGAUACCUGGAGCUCCCGCAGGUGAACUACCGCCUGUCCGUGGAACACACCAACACCAAACUCACCAGAGACCUGGCGCCAGAUCAAAGGCUGGUGCAGAGCCUCCUGGACACGCACGGCGUCUACAUCCUGGACUGCGCGUCCGACGUGUUCGUGUGGAUCGGACGGCGCUCCCCGCGCCUGGUGCGCGCCGCGGCCGGCAAGCUGGCGCAGGAGCUGUGCAGCCUCGUGCAGCGGCCGGCGCACGCGGUGGUGACGCGCAGCCUGGAGAGCACGGAGACGCAGGUGUUCAAGUCAAAGUUCAAGAACUGGGACGACGUGCUGAAGGUGGACUACACGCAGAGCGCCGAGAGCAUGAGGCGCGUCGAGGCCCCAACACCGGCGGCGACGACGGCGGCCGCCGAAGAGGUGGACACCGCCGACCCUAAGAAGGAGAAGCAGAUGAAGGCCGACCUCUCCGCUCUCUUCCUGCCCCGUCAGGCGCCCAUGCCUUUCACUGAGGCCGAGCAGCUGAUGGAGGAGUGGGGCGACGACCUGGACGGCAUGGAGGCCUUCGUGCUGGAGGGAAAGAAGUUUGUGCGUCUCCCCGAAGAUGAACUGGGCCACUUCUACACAAACGACUGCUACGUCUUCCUGUGCCGGUACUGGAUGCCUGUUGAAUGCGAAAACACGGCAGAGGAAGGAGGCGAGGCCGGGGUUCCCGGGGAGGCCGGGGCGGGCGCGGCUGACACUGGUGGGGAGGCCGUGGAGCCCAGUGGGGCGAGGCCGGAGAAGUCGUCGGCGGAGGCCACAGGCGUGGAAGAAGACAUGCAAUGCGUGGUGUACUUCUGGCAGGGACACGACGCCUCAAACAUGGGCUGGCUCACCUUCACGUUCAGCCUGCAGAAGAAGUUUGAGAGCCUCUUCCCCGGCAAGCUGGAGGUGGUGCGGAUGACGCAGCAGCAGGAGAACCCCAAGUUCCUGUCGCACUUCAAGAGGAAGUUUCUGAUUCACCGGGGCCACAGGAAGAUCACGGAUAACGAUGCGCAGCCGAGCCUGUACCACGUGCGCAGCAACGGCAGUGCGCUGUGCACACGGUGCAUUCAGAUUAAUACUGAUGCUGCCUUUCUCAACUCUGAAUUCUGUUACAUUCUCAAGGUGCCGUUUGGCAGCGAGGAUGGCCCAGGGAUGGUCUACGCGUGGGUGGGGCGGGGGGCUGCGCCGGACGAGGCUCGGCUCACGGAGGAGAUCAUGGGCAGCAUGUUCCAUGCCUCCUACAGCAAGCAGGUGAUCAACGAGGGAGAGGAGCCGGAGAACUUCUUCUGGGUGGGGAUUGGCGGACGGAAGCCGUACGACCAAGACGCCGCCUACAUGCGCACGGCACGUCUAUUCAGGUGCUCCAACGACAAGGGCUACUUCUCCGUUUCCGAGAAGUGCUCCGACUUUUGCCAGGAUGACCUGGCAGACGACGACAUCAUGGUGUUGGACAACGGCGGCGAGGUGUACAUGUGGGUGGGCACUCAGUCCAGCCAGGUGGAGAUCAAGCUGGGGCUCAAGGCCACACAGGUCUACAUCCAGCACAUGAAGAGCAAGGAGCCGGAGAAUCCACGCAAGCUGCGCCUGGUGCGCAAAGGCAACGAGCCGCACAUAUUCUCGCGCUGCUUCCACGCCUGGGUGCCCUUCCCCAAGCCGACCAACUGAUGCCUUCAGUGGCAAGUGACGGUUUCCUACGCGCACCCCUAUCUACGCCGCCGUUCGUCGGCAGCCCGCAAUGUCCGCAAUAACACCCGCCCCCGAAGGAAACAAUUUAAACUCAGAUAAUUGAAACUAUUUUAUAUUUUAGCAGGUAAGGCCCACUGAGCUAUACUAUAAAUAGCUCGUUUUCAGAAACGGCCCGGCCACAAAUGAUAGCUCAACGAAAGUGGCUUGUCGUGUGGAAAUUUAUAGCAGCCAAAUACUCGAAAUGCACGUUUAUUCUAAAUGUGGAGGGAAAAACCAAAGGACCCGGAGAAAAAUCCAUGUGGCCACGGGGAGAACAUGCAAACUCCAAAUAUACAGGGGUUGGGAUCGAACCCACGAGCUCCUGCAUACCAGGCGAGGGAGUUAACACCUCGCCACCACGGCACCCCUUUUUUGCAUGCCUGAACAACCCAUAGCUGUGUGUACAUGAUUUGCUGUGUUGGUAUAACAGCUCCCAUUGUUCUGACUUUGGUUGAGUGAUGGUGGCAGGAAAUGGCAUAUCAGAUAUUAUUUGCCAAGGUGACACACACCGUGCAUCUCCAUCAAUAUGUAGAAAUCUCAACGAUGUCAUUCCAUUUGAGACCAGUUUAAAAGCAGCUUUGAUGGAAAGAAAAUGUGCGUUUGGUUCAAAUGAUAUUAUUUCUGCCUGAAUGCCUAACAAGAUCAGCUUAAACUUCAUGAAAAGCAGACUGCAGCAUUAACCAAAGCAUCCAUGCAAAGCUUUUUUGUUCAGUUAUAUCAUUGGCGGUAAUGAUGCAGCACUGAUGGGAGUUCAGUUUGGCUGAAUAAUCGGUGAAAUCCAGAAAAAAACUUGCCAAAACACACUGAAAUCCUUCUUUUGUGGCCUGCUCUCAAUCUCAAAGUAGUACCGUUAUGGACGCAUCUUGGCUCCAAUGCCCCGGACACACCCUUGCAGCGAGACCUGGCCAUCUACACCACUCAGGAGUGUACUACCGGGUGCUCGACUGUAUUCAACUAAAUCCCAGGCUUGGAUAAUCCUGGAUCCAUAUUUGCACUGGUUGUUCACAAGAUAUUAAAACAAAUAUCAAAAUUCUGUCCAUACCUCGUGAACACUCCUCUACGCUAAAGCAAGUCAGUGACCCAAACUCUUACUGGAUCUAAAGCAGAUUGAUUCUUAAAUUAUUGUUCCUAUCAAAGCUGUAUUAAUGCCAGGUUUGGAAAACCCAGGGGCCGAAGGCUGGCAUGGGUUACUGAGGCUACGUGGACAGCAUAGGCCACAAGGACAAACCACACGGCACAGGCCAGCUGAUACCAUAUGUGAUAACAAGGGUGGUCAGCGAGAUAUUAAAUCCGGAUUGAUGUUUCACCAUUUUGGACACACUAGAAUGCUUCUAAUAUCAAUUUUGUGUCCUUAACAGUGGGUUGAAACCAACCGGGAUACAUUACACCAUCGAUUAAUAUCGAUCAAGAUAGCAUAUAUCGAAUGGUGUUAAGCAUCGAUGUUUUUCACUUUGCGUACAUUGUAAUUGGCUGUCACCUCUGCAGCCACUGGAGGUGUUACCAUUCGAAAGCCGCGUUAUUAAAAUCAACAUUUGAAUGCAAUCACAAACACGAAUUGUGACAACUCAUGGAAUCCAUUCCACCACUACUGAAUUUAUACCAGAACCUUGUCUGCACUAGAUUCCAAUGAAUGAAAAGGCAAUAUGAAAUCGAAACCUCUUAGCAACUUUGUCCCCUAAUUCGUUACAUCAGCAGUCACUCGAUGUGCACUGGUGUUGUUGCAGCGAUAUUUAAUAUCCGCACUUGAUGUGUCACCAUUACAAAAUCCACGGGAACAUUGGUUCUUAUCUAUCGGCACCAACUAAACCAAACUUAGCCUGGCACAGGCCGACUCAAAUUGCAGUUUAUUACCGAAACAGUAUUGUUUAACUAUGACAGUGUUUAUAAAGCUGUAGUCUCGAAGCCUUGUCUAAAGAACAGCCAUAUAGCUACCUGAAUGUGUGCUUCUCUUCUGUAGCAGCAGAGCUGCAGCUGUGCUUCUGCCCAGCGUUUCAAUCGAGCAAUGCGACCACAUUCACGUUGUAAGCAACAUUGCGUAAUGAAUUUCAACCAGCCAAUUUGCCUUUUUCCUGUUCUUUCUGCAAGUUCGUACACGAACCGAUCGUUGUCAAAUGUUUCAUGUGUGUCGUGCAGUAGUGUCUCCGGUGUUGCUAUUCUACGGUAGGUGGUCACCACUCUUAAUAAAAAGGAUGGCUUCCA